AGGCAAUGACUGGAGACGGAGAGAUGAGGAGGACUUUGGUGAUCAUGCUAGCUGGGCUCCUGCUCCUGUAUCUUGCCCCUGGGGGGCUGUGCCAGGGCUGUGCUGUGAAUGAGUCUGAGCGCCCCCUAGUGAGGGAUCUGCAGAAGAAGAUGAUCUAUUCGGUGAAUGUUAAUGCUCCCCCGAACCCCAGCAUCCUGCUCGCCCUGAGGCUGGCCCUGGAGCACAACAAGCGCAUUGAGCAAGACAUGCUGAACAAACUGAGUCAGGAUGCAGUGGAGCGAGCUGUUGCAUCCUUCUCCUCGGGCCAGGUGGCCCUCCAUAUCCUGGCUCAACAGGCCUCCUGCUCUGACCCCCGGUGGGUGUCUGCAAACGGCUCCAACAUCAAUCUGGUGCGUCUUCUGGAGCAGAAGUUCAAGGCAGAGCUGCAGAACAUAGCGAUCCAUGGCAACCCCUUGACCAACUUCUACCAGCUCAGCUUGGACGUGCUGGCCCUGUGCCAGCUGAAUGGCCGCCUCUCACCAGCCAGUGCCAGCGCCCUCCUCAGCCCGGGCCCCAAGAAGUAUUACCUCGGCGGCCAGUUCUCUGUGGACACUGCAGCAGUGGCAGUCCUGGCUCAGAUAUGCCUGCAGACCAGGGGGCAGCCCCUUCCCCCGAAGGUGUAUAAGAAGAUCAGACAGAAUGUGCAGUGGCUAGUGAACAAAAUCCUGGCUGAGAAGAGAAGAGAUGGAGUGAUCGGGAACAUCUACAGCACUGGGUUGGCUAUGCAGGCCUUAUCCGUCUCAUCCAGCUAUCAGAAACCCAGGGCCUGGAACUGCCUCCAGACUCUGCACAGGGUCCUGGACAAGAUUCCCCAGGGCACAUUCAAAAACCCCAUGGCUGCUUCCCAGGUCCUCCCUUCCCUGGAGAACAGGACCUACCUGGACGUGAGUAGGCUCAACUGCUCCAUGGACCCAGCUCUCAUAGCCUUCUCCAUCCAGCAGUGUGCAAGUGGGAAUUGGAGGGACAGUUUGCAGAGCCUAGCAGCUGACCUGCCUACUGCACUUGCUGCUGAAUCUGGGUCCUGCCUCCAGCAGGAACCAUUGCCCAGAAGAAAAGGCAGAAUGUUCCCCUGGGUCCUGGCUGUUCUGUGUGUGCUCUGCGCAGCAACCAGCACCAUUGAUGAGUGCGUUGUCCCUGCCAACCAGCAGUACCUGGUCACUGAACUCCAAUAUGAGAUGGAGAGUUCUGUCACCCUGCAAAGCCCACCGAACCCCAGCAUCCUGAUCGCUUUGAACCUGGCCGGCACACAGGAUAGCAUGAAGGAAACGCUACUGGUGCAGCAGAUAAAAGACAGGGUCAUCAAGGAAGGCACAGCGGAAAUGACUUCUGGAGAGGUGGCCCUCUACGUCCUUGCCCUCCUCUCGUCCUGUGAGGAUCCCAAGCACGUCACAGCCAACAUCAGCUUGGUCGAAGUCUUGAAGUUGAAAACCAAGGACGAGUUGACCUACUUGAGUGACCAUGGCACGCCCAAGACGACGUUCUACCAGCUCAGCCUGGACACCCUGGCUCUGUGCCUGGAAAUGGCAGAUGUCGAGGAGGCAGCUCUAAGCCUGGCCAAGGAGGCACUGGCCACGGACUUCUCUGUGGACACCGGAGCCAUGGCAACUCUGGCACUGACUUGCGUCCACAAUGGGCUGGCGAAGGCUGAGCAGACCAGGAUCCUGGAGCUCAUCCACGAGGCGCUGGACAAGCUUCGACAGCUAAUCCUCAGGGCCGUGGAGACCAACACCGCCAAUAUAUACAGCAUCGGCUUGGCUCUUCAGGCGCUCAAUGUCACUUCGGUGUCCUAUCCCUCUGGGGACUGGAGCUGCUCACAGACACUAGCCAAGGUGCUCACCAAGAUCUCCCAGGGAGCCUUCGACAACCCCAUGGCCGCUGCCCAGAUCCUGCCCUCCCUCGUGGGCAAAACCUACCUGAAUGUGAUCAGACUCAGCUGCUCAUCAGAUAUGGUCAUGGUGGAAUACACCAUCAUCAACCAGCUUAGGGGGCAACACUUCACCUACACCAUCCAUGUGAGCGUACCCAAAGGCUCUGUGCUGCUCUCUGUCCUGCAAGCGGCUCAGCAGGACAAUCCACAGGACUUCAGCUUCGAAACAAAGCAGACUUCUUGGGGCCUCAUGGUGGUCUCCAUCAACAGCCGUGCUGCCAACUCCAAUGACAAGACCUAUUGGCAGUUCUUCAAUGGCACAGAGCCCCUGGAGCAAGGUGUCGAAAGCUACAUACCAAGUAACAACGAGCAUAUCAAGGCCGUCUUCAGCACAUACUGAGGACGCAGGUGGCCUGAGGGAGGAAGGGGAUGCAAUCAAGAGCAGGAGAGGCCUCUUCUGUUGCCCUUCAAGAUCACAAGCUGGGCAAGACCUCUCUAGGCUGCAGAGAUACAUGCCCAGCUCAUCACAGGG